UUCGGUUACAGCUAAGAAAACGCAAAAAUAACAGUAUUUACAAGCGCAAGUGUCGCAAGCGUUUGUUGUUCCGACGCUACAACUACAUACACAUUUUGCGCGCCAAUUUGAGGGGCUGCAGAAAGACUAGCACCAAAAUGGCACAAAUACAGGAAUAUCAAGAUCUGGUGCUCGACGCACUAGAAACAGUGGAGUUCAAGCUGAUACGCGACAAGGCGGACAUCAACAAUGACGCUUUAAUAUUUCAUCCAGCCAUGGCGCAUCAGAUUUUUGGCGAAUCGGAAACCAUAUUUGGCUAUCAGGGCUUGCACGUGCGAGUAUUGUAUACGGCGGGUCCGUUGCACAUCUAUCUGGGCAUUGAGUACGAGAAGCGUGUCAAUGAAAUUUCUGAUGGCGAAAUCAAAGCCGACGACGUGGUGGCCACCAUUGCCCAAAGCCUGCCCGACGGCUGUUAUUUUAUUAAUCUGGAUGAGUUUCUUAAGACGUUGGAUAAGGCCGACAAGUUCCAGCCGUUUGGCGAGAAGCUCAGCGAAUACACACAACGCGCUGACGACGGCAGCGAGCGCAUUUUUGAGAUUUAUCAGUGUGAUUAUAAGAUGUCCUCAUUUUUGAAAUUCUUUGCGCGUUUACAAACAUUUAUCCUGUGGUUUGUCGAUGCUGCCUCCUACAUAGACACGGAUGAUGCUCAGUGGUGUUACUUCAUUUGCUAUGAGAAAUACAAGAAUAAGAAUGGAUCGUUCCAGUAUGCCACGGCUGGGUAUACCACAGUCUAUGAAUAUUAUGCUUAUCCGCAAAACAAGCGACCACGCAUCAGCCAAAUGAUCGUUUUGCCGCCAUUCCAGAAGCUAGGCUUGGCCACGGAGUUGGUCAAAACCAUUUACAAGUUCUAUCAGUCGCAGAAGAAUGUGGUGGAUAUAACCGUUGAGGAUCCAUCCGAGGAUUUUCAGCGCUUACGCAAUUUUGUGGAUGCACGUUUGUGUCUGGAUUUAAAAUGCUUUGCACGCGAAGAAAUCAGCCAGGGUUUUAGCAAGGAGAUGGUUCGGGAGGCACGUGAGGCUUUGAAACUGAAUCCACGCCAGGUGCGCAAGGUCUAUGAACUGCUGCGGCUCUUCUACACCAAUUUGAAUGAUGAAAAGGAGUACAAGGCGUACCGUCUGGAAGUGAAGAAACGCCUCAAUGCCGUUUACUACAAACAGAUCAAGGAUCUGCAGAAAAUGGAGCGUUAUAAGAUGGAUACAGAAUUGCUGCGCGCACGCAUGCCAAAUAAUAAGCAGCGCAUUGAACAGUUGCAGGAGGAGUAUGAGCUCAUCGAGCAGGAUUACAAAAAUACAAUCAAUAAGCUUCGUGCCUAGAGAUACUUAUAAAAAAAACUAAUGCCGUUUGGGUGUUGAUUAAUUUAUUACGCGUUUUCCGUUCUAAAUAUGUUGAUUACAAAAUACAAUUUGUUGCUAUAAGCCUACAAUAGGAUCCCGUCGAAUAAAUAUGUAUUAAAAAAGUA